AUGGCAACCACAACAGAGAUAGAUAUAGAGGACUAUAUAACAACAAAGAUACCAACAACUAUUGUAUUAGAGAUACUCAACCACUUGGAUAAUGUAGAUCUUAUAUGCAUGUUGUUAACUUGUAAAAAGUUGUACUUUAAUAUUAGACAACAAUGCAAUAAUACCAUUCGAUUCAAAGAUAUAAGGUUGGUUGAUGAAAAAGCAUACAACUAUAUUUGGGAUAGGUUUGUUGAUAAAAUGGGUAGUUGUAUGCCAUCGUUUUACAAUAUCCUUCAAAACACCUUAUCCAAUCAACUAGUCAUAGCAGACCAACAAAAUGAAUAUGCUUCAAUAUCAAAACGAUUCAACAAUUAUCAUAUACUUGAUAAUAAUGAUGUAAUGUCGGCCAAUUCAACAUAUUACAACACCAAAGUAGAGACUGCUUUAUUGUCAAAUGUGAAUGUGAACACCAUUGGAGACUGGUCAAAACUAAAGUUACCAACAUCCACAACAACUAUACUCAUCCAUCAUGGUCAAACACCCAUCGAGUUUCCAACCGACUACUUUCAUCAUUUACCAUUAAUCAAAAGAAUGGUUGUAGAAUGUUCACAGAUUAGUCUUGGAGGAGAAGGAGGAGGAAGCUUUCCACAAACCAUUAAAUCAUUGGACUUAAAGGUAUCGUCUGGACCGACCAAAGAACUAUUAUCUGGUCUACCACAUGGAUUGGAAUCACUUGUAUUUCGGUUUGGAAGAAACACUGCUCCCAUUCCAUUUCAAGAUAUCCCGUUUAACAAAAUGUCGUCGUCGUUGACUACUUUGGAACUGUAUACAACUGACUUGCCACCAGGUAUCUUGCCAACAAGUUUGACACGUCUCACUCUGUCAUUUAAUACUUCCAUUCCACAAGACUUGUUCAAAUCAUUGACACGACUCGAAUCACUUUCUAUUAUUGCUAAAAGGUUGGGCAAACAAGACCAACCUGUCGACCUACAACCACUCGUCUCUCUCAAAAGUUUUAAAACACAGUUUGGACCAGCCAUGCAGUUUAUGUUGCCUCAGGAAUCACUCCAACACUUGACCAUUGACUCUUUUACCAAAAUUGACAGUAUACCCGAAUCACUAACCAGCUUGAACAUUAGUUUGGAAACAAUGGUCCAUAUGUUGGAAUCUGAAAUGCACAAACUACCAACAUCGUUAACCAAACUUAAACUCAAUACAUAUAUUCCACGAUUAAUACCUCCUGGUCUUAUACCAAACACUAUCAAGUAUCUUCAAAUUGAAGCAUGUACAUUGGUAGAAGGAUCUAUUCCAGCGUCGGUAGAAACUUUAAAGGUUGGUGAGAGUAUGACAGAAAAUGUAACACUUCCCGAUACCAUCAAACACCUAUCAUGGAAAAGUGAAGUUUCAGUACCUCUACCCAAACAAUUAGAGACUUUAGAAUGGACUUGCAAUCUAUUACGUUGGGCAGAUAAAGCAUACGAUUAUUCACAUAAUUUUGCACCUAUCAUUAGUCAACUACCAACAACACUCACAUCGUUGGCCAUACAAUUACCAAAUUUCGAAUCAUUAAACAAUGACCAAAUUCGUGUCUAUUCACUAUUGGAUAAUAUUAAAUCAAAAACUAAUGAUGGUGAUGAUGAUGAUGAUAAUAAUGAUGAUUGUAAUCAAUUAAUAUUACCACCACAUGUUACACAAUUGACAUGUAAUAUUCCACUUUGGUUUGAAUAUUUGUUAUGUUUUAGAUUGGAUGAAAUCAUCAAUCGUACCAAUGUUCAAGAGUUAACACUAUCCUUUCCAGUAAGUCAUUGGGUACAGUUGGUCAUUAAAAGAUUGGAUAAUGAUAACUCUAAUGUCAUGAUUGUUGAAAAUAAUUCAAUCUUGGGUGGUUUCAUUCAACAACAACCUGGAAAUCUACCAAACCAAAAGUAUAGACCUCUCUAUAUUCAAUACCACUAUGAUCAACGUGGUAUGUAUACAUUUUUGGGUUACGAAUUGCCUACCAAUGGAAAUAAUAAUGAUAAUAAUAAUUCCAAUGAAAUGGAAAUUCCAAGUUAA